GGAGAGCAACAAAGUUCUUCAUUUCGUGCCUUCCGAGGCUCCUCCAUCUGGGAUGUCCAAGAACGGAUACUUUUUUCAAGAAAUGGAGCAGCGGGAGGCGGAGCAAGAGGAGGGCAGCGAGGGUCGAGAGGAGGGACAGGACCUACCGAUCUCCUGCGGAGACGACAUCCACCUCUACGACAACCAGAUCAGCCCUGGAACAGAUGCCGACGACUCUGGCUGUGUGUUGCUGAACACAUCAAGAAGGUACGUGAAGCUCAUGAACUUUGAGGAGGAGGUCCGGGCUCACCGGGACCUGGACGGCUUCCUGGCCAGGGCGAGCAUACUGCUGGACGAGACGGCCGCUUCGCUGGACGACGUCCUGAAGAGAAUGCUGCACCACGUGGGCCAGGACAGCCUGGUCUGUGAGCCCAGCUGCAACUUUGAGGAGGUGAUGAGCAUGCUUUUCACAGACGCAGGCGCUCAGGAGGUGAACGUCCACCUGCUGUCGGAGACGAUCCAGGGCGUGACGGCCACGGCCACCGGGGUCCAGUACCAGCAGUCCUGGCUCUGCAUCCUCUGCAACGUGAAGCAUCUUCAGAGGCGCCACGUGUGCAUCUCCCGCCUGGAGAGGCCGCAGAACUGGGGGGAGAACUGCUGCGAGGUCCGCUACGUCAUCCUGAUACUCGCCCCCUCCAAAAUGAAAAGUACCAAGACAGCGAUGGAGCUUGGCAGGACGUUCGGCACACUCUUCUCUGACAUCUCGUUCAGACAGAAGCUCCUGGAGACGAAGACGCAGGAGGAGUUCAAGGAGGCUCUGGUUUUCCAGAGACAUCAGCUCACAGCAGUCAACCAGCAGCCGGUGGUUCUGGGGAAGAAGGAGACGGUUCCUCGGAGUCACAGACCUCUCAAGUGUAAAGAUUUCUUCAGAGCUGGCCGGGGGAUUUAUGAGGACUUGUGCCGCAGACUGCCUUUCUACCCUUCUGACUUCACAGAUGGUGUAGUCGGCAGUAAUAAAACCCUGCUGAAGUACAUGACCACGGCCAUCUUUCUCUACAUCGCCAUCCUCCUUCCUGCCAUCGCUUUCGGCUCUCUCAAUGACGAGAGCACCCGAGGUGAAAUCGAUGUUCGGAAGACAAUCGUUGGCCAAAGCAUCGGUGGGGUCAUCUACUCGCUGUUCGCCGGUUCUCCUUUAGUCAUUCCUCUGACCACAGCGCCGCUCGCCAUCUUCAUCAGCGUGAUCCGAGGAAUUUGUGAUGACUACAACCUAGAUUUUCCAGCUUUCUACGCCUGCAUCGGUUUAUGGAACUGCCUCUUCCUCAUCCUGGGAGGGCUCUUCAACGUCAGCCUGCUCAUGAAGCUCUUCAAAAGGUCCACAGAGGAGGUUAUUGCUCUCUUCAUAUCCAUUGCGUUUGUAGUCGAUGCUGUGAAGGGCACCGUAAAAAUUUUUUACAGGUACUACCACGUUCCAACUCCAGCAAAUGGAAGCACGGAGUACUUUCCUCAGGGUGGAGAUCUGCUGGGGGGGAACAGGAGUGAGGUGAUAGUCGGGUCAGUGUUCGGUGCGCUCCCCGAGUCCCUCGUCCAGUGCACUCGAGAGAGGCCCGUCCUUUGCCUCCUGCUGAUGCUCGGGACGUUGUGGAUGGGCUAUACUCUGUACCAGUUCAAACGAAGUCCGUUCCUGCACGCCAAAGUCCGAGAGGUUCUGUCGGACUGCGCCCUGCCCAUCUCCGUGCUCCUCUUCUCCUUCAUCGGAUCCUACCUGUUCAGUGACAUUGAGCUUCCGGUGUUUAAAGUUCACGACCGGCCGAUCUUCAACCUGGCUCCGUUCGAGCGGCUGUCAGCCCUGAACAUUGUCAGCGCCAUGGGACUGGGCUUCCUCCUGGCUCUGCUCAUCUUCAUCGACCAGAACAUUGUGGUUUCUCUCACCAACGCCCCGGAGAACAGGUUGCUGAAAGGCACGGCGUACCACUGGGACCUGAUGCUUUCGGGGCUCAUCAACAUCCUGAUGUCGGUGCUGGGGUUGCCUUGGAUGCACGCCGCUUUCCCCCACUCCACCCUCCACGUGCGCCAGCUGGCCUUUGUGGAGCAGCGGGUGGAGGGGGGGCACCUCUACGAGACCAUCGUCCAGGUGAAGGAGACCCGCCUGACGUCUCUGGCUGCCAACAUCUUCAUCGGCGUGUCUGUCAUGCUGCUGCCCGUCCCGCUGCAGUGGAUCCCCAAACCGGUCCUGUACGGCCUCUUCCUCUACAUCGCCCUCACCUCCAUUGACGGGAACCAGAUGUGUGACCGCAUGGCUCUCCUCCUGAAGGAGCAGACCUCCUACCCGCCCACCCACUACAUCCGCAAAGUGCCCCAGAGGAAGAUCCACUACUUCACCUUCCUGCAGAUGGUGCAGCUGCUGGUGCUCUGCACCUUCGGCAUGUACCCAAUCCCCUACAUGAAGAUGAUCUUCCCUCUGGUCAUGGUCCUUCUGAUCCCCGUCAGGAACAACGUACUUCCUCACGUCAUUGAGGCCAAAUAUUUGGACAUCAUGGACGCCCAACACAUGUAG